AUGAACGAAUUCAGCGCCUCCUUUUUCUCUGCCAAGAAUGAGAAUACGCUGGCCUUGGCCAACGUCAACAUUGAUUUUGCCCUGGUCAAGGUAGAGGUCCCCAAACAGUUUAAGGGGCUGGAAAAGGCUUUAACAAAGGCCCGCCGCGAGAACGCCGAGCAUGGGAAGCAGCACAGAACAGCAAGAAGACUGGGCGCUCUCUUUGAGCAGAUCAUUCCAGACAUAGAUGUUCUCUCAGAGGCCUACGGGCAGCGCGUAUCCGAAAUCGCGACCUCGCCCAAAUUUGCUCUAAGGUCAGCAGACUAUGGACCCUUUGCAUCGCAUGUUGGGGUAGAUGGCACCUCCAUCUAUGCAGCUGCUUCGUCGAGCAAGGGUGGAAUUGCCCUUCACUUGCUCGCAUGCAUGCUAGCCCGCAUGUUCUCGAGUGCAGAGGCCACGGCAAUUUGGGUGCAACUCGUGGAGAGCCGCAUCAAAGAGCUCCAGGAGACUUCCGAUACCGCCCAGCUCUCGGGAAUGGCGGCAAUGUAUGCUGUCGAGCAGGGGCUGCAGAUCAUGCGAGACGACCUGGCGAACUGGGACGCCAGUGCCAGAGCAUGGCUCGAGGCGGCAAACCAGGUGAAGCGGAAAGAGGAUACACAGCUCAAGUUGGUCAUCAAGAAUAUUCCCUCCAUCAACAGCUCAGGUACCACAUACAUGAGCAUCACAGGUAGCUGGGUGAUAGCCAUGAAGACGAUCCAGAAUGCAAUAAACGGAGUUCCUCAGAACAUCACAAAUGGGGCCGUCUUCUUGGCUAUGCGCUGCUGGCACCUCUACCCGAACCUCCAAGUCUUCGCCCCUAUUCGCUCUAUCGAGUUCCACGACCCCAUAUUCGCGAAUGGAGGGACCAUUACCCUGGGCCUGGAGACCAAAGAACAAGAUGAGACCGGUGUCAGCUGGUCAGUCUCGUUGUCGCACUUACGCUUCUACGGGAAUCCGGUGACCGUGCACAAGUCUUUGGGAGUUGACAGUGAUCGGUUAACUAUCCCAGAGCUAUACCUGGUAAGUUUGGGCUGUGUUAUUUCCAACUGGACGAUCCCAUCAAUGGCCAACAUCAUGGAGACUGCGGACUGUUUUGUGGCCCUGGGUGAGGCAUUGGGUUUUGAUGAUGAGUUGGAAGGGUCCUACGAUGCCGACUUGGGGUGGUUCGGUCCAUUGCUCCAGGGUGCCAGAAGUUUACUGUAUUGCGAAGAAGAGGAUCGGUCAAACGCGAUAUACCUCGUCGAGUAUGGACGACGGCGAGGACGGAACUUCCUAGGAGACGAGCUGCGCGGGUCAACGCCAAUGUUUGGAUUAACAAGCCCGAGUGAGCUCUUCAAGAUUUCCGAUCUGAUAACCAGGAGCCAACACGACCUCGAGGCAUGUAUUCGCAUAUUUCGAGAGUUAGUUGAGGAUUGUGGCUUUCACGAGAAUGACUGUGUUAUUGUAAGUCGCCCUCCCGCCAUGAGCGAGACAGCUGGUCAUUCCGAGGCUACCGCCUUCGAAGGCACCUGGGAGCUUGUCUCGGCACGUGAAGUGCCACGACCCAGUACCAAACGUUCUCUCGACGGAACCACAAUAGCUGCAAAACGGUUUGUCCGACAUCUUUGCCGAGACCUCCCGUGUGAUUGGCGGCCUGGACUUCAUGUCUAUCGAUACCAGCAGUGGGUGCUCAUGCAAGUAUUCUGGUCAUGGCGAUUACUGCGGUUCGAAAUGCCCUUGCAGUAUCAAUGGUCUCUGGUGUACCUCCCUAUCGGUUGUCAGUCUGCCUUCUACGCCGAGUUCUACCCUGCGGAAAGCAAGCUCUAUCCGGUUCUCGACAGGACAGCAAGGUGCGAAAAUCUCAGACCAUGUCGGACGGGCUCUGGAAAUCCUAAGGAAGAUUGUCUAUGGCUGUCAAAUAAGGCCACCCUGGACAUAGAUGAAGCCUAUGCUCUGACCCAGGAAUUCAAAUGGCGUGAUCCUCCACUUGCAUUCACCAAGUAUUUCGAACCAAACGAGUCUCGCAGCAAUGACCCGUACAAGGCGAAUGCAGCAGAGGAAGGCGUCGCAUUCUUCCCUUGGCAGGUUGGUGAUAAUGUCGGUCUAUUUAUCAAAAAGAGCUUCUCGGGUGGGAUCCCGGGGACGAUAAGUCUAGAAAGACUUACAAAUAGGCUACGGUCUGGAACCGUUAACCAGAACCUACUGCGAAAGUUUCUCACCAACACCCGUUCAGUUGGGGUCGCUGACUUCUCAUCAUCUCUCAACGGGAGUGGUACGGAAGCUAGCGUAUUCUUCACUUCUCUCAAGGCGAUCGCUGCCAUACGAGAGCUCUACUCGUCUUGGACGGAGGCAACACUGUCCAUCAGUAUAACGAAGAAGCCCAUCGGAAUGGCAUACUGGGCUGCCGAUCUGGCCAAGACGUAUCCUCAUGCCUGGCCAUCCCAGAGUUCCCACAGGGAGUUCAAUCGGUCAAGGAAGUUUGCUUGCCUCGUGAUGGCAGAGUCUGGAGUGCAUAACCUCCACCCAGAUCAACUGGACUGGGUUGUUGCACUAGCAACCGCCAACACCAUCUAUGCCGCAGAGUAUCUUCUCCAAGAUCCCUAUCAUCACGACCGAUCCGGAAAUGCCAGCUUUGAGGGCAUUCGUCGCUUUCUGGGCAGUGUCGGCCAAGCUGGAAUCGUACUGAUAGUACCGCCGCCUUCCCCUCUAAUUCUUAACUUGGACUCUAGCAAAAACAGAUUUGUGCGGGCUGACACGUUCAGCAGACAGCUCGUGGACAAGUUCGAGCAAACAUCACUUCACCUCCGCUUCUCGGAACUGAAGUUCCCCAUUGCCAUCGGCCAGGGCGCUAUUGAUGCAGACAUAGUCAUCCGCGAAGGAAUCGUGUCCGUGUUCGAUGGUCCGCGGUGGAUCGCUGAUCUGGAUGUUCUUCAGGGUAUCGAAAGUGGGCUCUUGGUCCGACUAGUCGGGUGUACCUGCAGUGAAAAGCGGGAACCAGGACCGCUUGGCGAACGCCUGAGUGGCAUUCUAGGUGAGCAGCUCAAGUCUAUCUCGACCUGGGACGAAAUGCUACUGUGCAAGGAGAACCUGCUCAGCAAUGAAAUUGGCAUAGUAAGGUCGCACGGGAAUUGGUCCGCACGGCUUGCAGCAGCAAAUCUUGCAACAUCACUGGGAUGCCUGACGAUGGUUUUGCAGUCCCCGGGAGCAUGUUCUGAUUGUAUUCAAACCCUCUUGAAAACACAAUUCUGGUUGAGCGUCGGCUCGAACAAUCCAUACCCUUCGAUUCUCAUCACCUGA